AAUCAAAAUGGCUUCCUAUACGCUGUCUAGCACUGUUUGGGAAAUGUUUCGACCGAGUUAAAUCGCGAAAUCAGACCAUAUUUAAAUUAUUUUUUCGUUUUUUGUAUCGAUCAUGUUUCGUGGCAAAGGUUGGUUUUCCGGAGGAUUAUGGAAGCCGAAGAAUCCUCACUCUUUAGAGCAUCUGAAGUUUCUUUAUCAGUUAUUAUCAAAAAACCAAACAGUUACAGAACAGAACAAAGGAUUAUUAGUUGAAACAUUAAGAUCAAUUGCAGAAAUACUUAUAUGGGGCGAUCAAAAUGAUAGCACAGUUUUUGAGUUUCUUUAUCAGUUAUUAUCAAAAAACCAAACAGUUACAGAACAGAACAAAGGAUUAUUAGUUGAAACAUUAAGAUCAAUUGCAGAAAUACUUAUAUGGGGCGAUCAAAAUGAUAGCACAGUUUUUGAAGAUUCAUCACUAAAGACAGUACUCUGUCAAUCCAUAGAUCCACACUUCUGUCAUAGCACCACUGCAAAUGAUGUUUCUGCUAAUGACAAGAUGCACAACAGUUGCCUUAUGUGCAAAUUUGCUUCUGCUAGCCCUGUAGAUGAUUAUCUUUUAUCCAAUAAUCAUGUGAAUUCAAUUAUUGUACAUAAGUUUGAUUUUUCUGAUGAAGAGGUUAUGGCUUAUUAUAUAUCGUUUUUGAAAACAUUAUCUUUAAAGCUUAAUACUCAUACAAUUCACUUCUUUUAUAAUGAGCAUACAAAUGAUUUUCCAUUAUAUACAGAAGCUAUCAAGUUCUUCAAUCAUGGUGAAAGUAUGGUACGAAUUGCUGUUCGCACACUCACACUAAAUGUUUUUAAAGUGGAUGAUAAAGCAAUGUUAAAAUUUAUUCGGGACAAAACUGCUGCACCUUAUUUUUCCAAUCUUGUUUGGUUUAUUGGCAACCAUGUUUUAGAGUUAGAUUCUUGCGUCAGAAAAGAUGCGGAUCAUCAAAGUUAUACGAGACUAGCAGAUUUAGUAGCAGAACAUUUAGACCAUCUACAUUAUCUCAAUGAUAUUUUGUGUCUUCAAAUUGAAGCUUUGAAUGAUGUUUUAACUGAUCAUCUAUUAAAUAGACUUCUUAUACCACUUUAUGUAUAUUCUUUAACUAAAAGAAGGCGGCAUUCACAAAUUGUUUAUUAUUAUUUUAUCUUACAGGUUUUUCUUAUUAUAUCACAUCAUCCAUUGGUACAACAGUUAGCAUUUAUCAUUCUGAAUAGAACCAUGACAGUUUUUUCAAGUCAAAAACAUGAACUUUCUUCAUUAAAGGUUAAAACUAAUUCAGAACCAGAAUUUAGUGCUCCUGAAGAAACAUUAGAAAAAUCUUUGGAAACUAAAAUAUAUUCUAGUCAUUCAUUAUCAGCAAUAGCAUCAAAUGAAAAUGCAUCAGUUCAAGAAGUUACUAAAAGCAAUAGUAGUACAGAAGUAAGGAAAUCUGAUAUUUCAGCAGUUGAAUCAAGUGAAGCUUCUGAUCAUAGAACACCUGAUGAAGCUGCUGAACAAGCAGUUGUUGAUUAUCCAUCUGAUGGCACAAAUAUUACAGAUGAAGAAAAAGUAGAAGCAGCUCAAAGAAUAACACAAUCUCAGUUUGAAUAUAUACAGCAAAAUUUUUCUUUAAAUGAGAGACCAUUCUUAGAAGCAAUAUUUAAUGCUCUUGAAUGUCCUGAAAACGAUCAUGCAGCAUUAUUUGGAUUAUGUUUAUUUUAUGCUUUAGGUCAUAAUUCAGUUGGAAUAAAUCAAGACCUGUUAGAUCAAGUUCUUAUGCCAACAGAAAAAUCAGAAACAAAACAAUGGUAUAAUAUUAAUCUGGUAGAACGUCUAAUUAAAAUUAUAAAUCUCAGUUGCCAAUAUAAGAGUCGGAUCAGAUUAGCUACUCUUCAGAUGAGCUUGUUGUUAUUAAAGCAGUUGGUUAUAAAAGAUGGUCAAAGUUUCUUACAAGAUCGACAUCUUGCUGCUAUUGAACAAGCAAGAGAAGAGAGUACAUUACUGCUACGAAAUUUUUAUAAGGUACUUGUCAGAGUCAAAAUAAAGAGUCGGAUCAGAUUAGCUACUCUUCAGAUGAGCUUGUUGUUAUUAAAGCAGUUGGUUAUAAAAGAUGGUCAAAGUUUCUUACAAGAUCGACAUCUUGCUGCUAUUGAACAAGCAAGAGAAGAGAAGAGUCGGAUCAGAUUAGCUACUCUUCAGAUGAGCUUGUUGUUAUUAAAGCAGUUGGUUAUAAAAGAUGGUCAAAGUUUCUUACAAGAUCGACAUCUUGCUGCUAUUGAACAAGCAAGAGAAGAGAAGAGUCGGAUCAGAUUAGCUACUCUUCAGAUGAGCUUGUUGUUAUUAAAGCAGUUGGUUAUAAAAGAUGGUCAAAGUUUCUUACAAGAUCGACAUCUUGCUGCUAUUGAACAAGCAAGAGAAGAGAAGAGUCGGAUCAGAUUAGCUACUCUUCAGAUGAGCUUGUUGUUAUUAAAGCAGUUGGUUAUAAAAGAUGGUCAAAGUUUCUUACAAGAUCGACAUCUUGCUGCUAUUGAACAAGCAAGAGAAGAGAAGAGUCGGAUCAGAUUAGCUACUCUUCAGAUGAGCUUGUUGUUAUUAAAGCAGUUGGUUAUAAAAGAUGGUCAAAGUUUCUUACAAGAUCGACAUCUUGCUGCUAUUGAACAAGCAAGAGAAGAGAAGAGUCGGAUCAGAUUAGCUACUCUUCAGAUGAGCUUGUUGUUAUUAAAGCAGUUGGUUAUAAAAGAUGGUCAAAGUUUCUUACAAGAUCGACAUCUUGCUGCUAUUGAACAAGCAAGAGAAGAGAAGAGUCGGAUCAGAUUAGCUACUCUUCAGAUGAGCUUGUUGUUAUUAAAGCAGUUGGUUAUAAAAGAUGGUCAAAGUUUCUUACAAGAUCGACAUCUUGCUGCUAUUGAACAAGCAAGAGAAGAGAGUACAUUACUGCUACGAAAUUUUUAUAAGACAACACUUGGAGCUCACUUUCCAGACAACAGUGACCUUAUUGCCUGUGCUGUCAUAAUGAAAGACGGACAGAAGAUAAGACGCUUCAUGGUAAUCGAUGUUCUUCAGCUAAUCUUAGUCGAACCCGAUGGUAAACGAUUGGGAUGGGGAGUUGCAAAAUUUGUAGGAUUUCUUCAGGAUAUUGAAGUGACGGGAGAUAAAGAUGACAGCCGAUGUCUUCACAUUACCGUUCAUCGGCCAGCGAGUGCUGCUGCUGGAAACAAUCGUUCUCCUCUACUCACAGCCAAAUUUCUUUUUGAUGAUCAUAUCAGAUGUAUGGCAGCUAAACAAAGACUAACCAAAGGCAGAUUAAAAGCCAGACAGAAGAAAAUGUAUCAAAUAGCUAGACUGUUGGAUCUUCCUGAACAUAUUCAACCUUGUCCAUCACCUCUGAAAUGUGGAUUUCAUUCUUCACGUGAUCAUAGAGAUCAUUCCUCUGCUUUACAUCGCAGUCAGUCUCAAGAUACGGGACUUCGAGGUAGAACUCUUUGUCCAAGUGGUAGUCAGGGACCCUAUAGACCAUUGUUUACAUCAAUAAAUAAAGUACCUGGUUUUGCCAAAUUAAAGCGAGAAUCUCAAAGUUCCGAAACAACAACAGUGGAAAGACGCAGAACAAAUAGCAGUCCAUUAGCAUCUAGUAGAAAUUCUCAUUCUCGAGAUUCUUCGCCUCGUCAACGUGCUAAUAGUAGUUCCGAGGAAAUUCCUUUAGAAGAUUUAUCAAAAAAUUGGUCAUCCAGACAUAACAGUCCUAAUUUAUCAAGGAAAAGUAGUUCAGGUUUACCACAGGCUAGGAUUAAUGUGCCAACAGAUACUUCUCAUCAUUCUCCGGGAAAUCCAGUUAUUGUUAACUCAAAAGAUGGUUUAGCCAUUAGUGCCUUGGAUGAUUCGAGUCAUUUUUCCGACAAGUGUACAUAUCCCGUAACCAGAAGUACCGGUCAGACACAGACUUCGAGACUGCCCCCAGGGUCCGCCGGAAUCGUGCUCGGAACUUCGAUCCCGCUGCCUCCGGCGGAGACCGAACUCUCCCUGGACGAAAAUCUGGAAAGUCCUCCGAGCGUGUGUACGAAACCCUGUUGUGCCACCGAAUCGUCGUCGAACGAGGAGAGAGAACACGCGGCCAACGAUUCUGAGGAGAAUGACGUUUUCUGUUCGACGGUGGAAGAGACGGCGGCGGAAGCGGGCUCUUCGUUCGAAGCACAAAGACGGGUGGCCAACCUCAGAACGCAAGAGAUUUCGAAUCAAAAAACUAGCGGUUCACCUACAAAAACUAAGAAAUCUUCUUCAAAGACCAAACAUAAAGAUAAGAAAUACCAUAAAAAAACAAAUGUACAAAAUGUUUGAAGUGAAACUUGUACUUUUUCUCUGUCAUUCCAAUAAUUUGGAGAAAUUGCAAGUGAAAUUAUCCCCAGUAAAGUUUAUAUCAUUAUUGCUUUUAGUAAUAUUGAUUCUACAUUCAAAAAGUAAAGUGAGAUUUUAAGGAAUUUUGCACUUUGUAUGUAAGUAUAGAUUUAAAAAAAAAAUUAAUAAUAAAUUUAUUAUAGUUUGAUUAUAAA